UCCGUCUCUGCCGUCUCUGCCGUUGUCGCACGGUGCGCGCCACAUUGGCGAAUCAAUUUCCGUUGCGGUGGCCGUUUCAGUUUUUGUUUCAACGUCGCUAGCGCCACGCGUGUCGCGAAUCCCUAAUGGCGCACCUCCUCGUCGUCGGUGGCUGUCCAGCGAAUUAACGCAGGCUCAUGAGAUUGAGACCAAGACCGACCCAAUACCAAUACCGAGACGAAGAGUGAGACCGAAAUCAAGGCCAAGUUCAAAAAGUUAAGCAAAGCCAAAUACAGCCGCAACGGCUAAAAGUGAGAGAAAAAUAUUACAAGUCGUGACCAUAAACCAAAAAGAGAGUGUACAAAUUUGAGCAGACGGACGUGUCCGUGCCCGAGUGAAAGUCAAGCCAAAUGCAAGCCAUGCAGUGCUUGGAGCUUGGCCUGCUGCCCGCAUUGCCCACCGCAGCGGCAGCAACACCGAUGCGGCGCAGAACCAGCGUCACAAGGUUACGCAAAAGACUCUGCCGUUGCAGCCGGCGGCCAGAGGCAGAGCCAGAGCAAGAGCAAGAGACAUCGGUGCAAGCACGUUCAAUACGUCGCUCCAACACAACGACUUCAAAUAACAAUCCCAGCCUCAAUUUGACGCUGAUCAGCGCCACCGCAGCCCUGACAACGGCGGCCAUCUUGCACACAACAAAUGCUGUGACUGCAACAGUUGGCGUUGUCGACGCCGUUGCACUGCCACUGCAAGGCACUGCCACGCCCAUGCCCGCCCUAACACACGAACUAAACGCCACGCUGCUAAGCAGCACGGCAGCCGCACUCUUAAAUGACAGCAGAUCCCAGCUUGACGCUGGAGUUGCGCCGGCCGGCGGCGUCGAGAAUUGGUUCGACGAUGCGUUCUGGGUGCUUAAGGCAUUUGUCAUGCUGUUCAUCAUCAUAGCGGCCAUUUGUGGCAAUCUGCUUGUUAUUAUUUCUGUGAUGCGUGUUAGAAAAUUAAGAGUUAUAACGAAUUACUUUGUAGUUUCCUUAGCCAUGGCUGAUAUAAUGGUCGCUAUUAUGGCCAUGACAUUUAACUUUAGUGUGCAAGUAACUGGGCGCUGGAACUUUAGCCCCUUCUUGUGCGAUCUGUGGAACAGUUUGGAUGUGUACUUCUCAACGGCAAGCAUUUUGCAUUUAUGCUGCAUAUCUGUGGAUAGAUACUAUGCAAUUGUAAAGCCUCUCAAGUAUCCGAUUAGCAUGACGAAACGCGUGGUUGGCAUUAUGCUGUUGAACACAUGGAUAUCGCCGGCAUUGCUCUCAUUUCUACCCAUUUUUAUUGGCUGGUAUACGACAGAGGAGCACAAGAUAUUUGUGAAGGAGAAUCCCGAACAGUGCUCGUUUGUGGUAAACAAGUUCUAUGCCAUCAUUUCAAGCUCGAUUUCGUUCUGGAUACCCUGCACAAUUAUGAUUUUCACUUAUCUGGCCAUUUUCCGUGAGGCCAACCGGCAGGAGAAACAAUUGAUGAUGCGCCACGGCAAUGCAAUGCUCAUGCAUCGUCCAUCGAUGCAGCCAUCAGGUAGGAGCGAGGCGCUGAGUGGCUCGGGCUCAUCGAAAACAUUGACACUGCAUGAGGUCGAGCAGGAGCAUACCCCGACAAAGGACAAACAUUUAAUCAAAAUGAAGCGGGAGCAUAAGGCCGCACGCACUUUGGGCAUCAUCAUGGGCACCUUCAUACUCUGUUGGCUUCCAUUCUUCCUAUGGUAUACGCUCUCCAUGACCUGCGGACCAUGUCAGGUGCCAGAAAUUGUUGUCUCGAUACUCUUCUGGAUUGGCUACUUCAAUUCCACGCUCAAUCCACUGAUCUAUGCGUACUUUAACAGAGAUUUUCGAGAGGCUUUCCGCAACACAUUGUUGUGCCUGUUCUGUAACUGGUGGAAGGAUCGCCACAUGCCACUCGACAUUGACAUACGACGCUCAAGUCUACGCUACGAUCAGCGUGCCAAGAGCGUCUACUCGGAGAGUUAUCUCAACUCGACCACGCCCUCACAUCGCCGACAAUCGCAGCUUGUCGACAACUUAUAAUACAGGGACGAGGCGCUGCUGACGCCCAUUGCACAGCAGCAGCAGCGGCUGGCAACGGGCGCCCGUGGCUCCGGAGCUGGCUCUAAGGCGGAUCCCGUACCCAAGCGCAGUGUAGGCAACCUGUCGACCGAAGAUGUGCAAGAGAUACAAAUCGAAAUACCCAUGGAAUAUAUCAACAAAUGGAACAAGAAUAACAACGCAGCUGCCGCAACGGCCUCCAGUCACGUGUAAGGGACUGAGAAUAGCUGAUGACAACGGCAACAACAGCAAUCCGGACAUUGGCGAAGUUGCGUCAAUCGAACAAAUGCAAUUACAUUUUCCAUUAAUUUUUAAAAUUAAUAUGCUGGUUGCAUUCAUGUUGUACAUAUUUAAGUCAACAUUACGGCAUUACUCGUGUACAUAGUGCACUCUAUAAACGCGUUGUCUGUUUGUUUUCGUUUUUGUUUUUCUUUCGAAUUUAUUGAGCUUUAAUUUACUGGAACAGAGUGAACAUGAGUAAUUUAUUAUUUAUU